AUAACCUCUUAUCUCACCGUGUAAUAAUGUGGCUUUUCAUACACUCGCAAGAUUAUACCCCAGAAAAUGUUUACUGCUUGUGUACUCUAGUGACUAGAGAGAGAGUGAUCCAACCGGUUGCUUAGGCAACUCUUGUGGCUUUAUACGAAGUGAAUGUCGAGUGACCACUCUUAGGUGACAGUGACACUAAAUAGAUUGUGAAUAAUUUAAAUGCUGAAGAUAAUUAUGAUUUAAAGAUUUUAUAUAUCAGUAAAAUAUAUUAAACGAGUGAAAGUGCCGGAAGACACAAGAUAAGAAGUGUUAUGUGAAUGAUGUGAGGGCAGUGAGGGAGCGGUGGGUGAAGGUAGUAAGGAAGAGGUGAGGAGUAUCCUCCCUACUGCUACCUUAGUGCCACUGCUUGAACCAUCAUGCCCUCAGUGACUCCCAGUGAGGUACUGCCAGGGUCGCCGCCCCCGCCGGUGAGCCCUGCCACAUCCAUGGAGCUGAGCGGCUCUCUCGGGGACAUCACUCUCACCUCACAGUGCUCCGUUGAGUCUCUGGGCUCCCUGGACAGCGGCCACAGCUCCUCCGCUGACAAUGGUACCACAGAGAGUCAGGCUGGCAGUCCCUCCCCUGGUUACAAGAGUCAUUCGCCCAGACUCAUUGCACCGCCCACCAACAAUGACAGCCCUACACCCUCAAGCCCUCGGGACUAUGGCGUAGAGCCCACCUACAGCCCAAAGAUAAGUGUGGCCUCAAUGGGCUGCCAAGACCGUCCAGUAUCUAGGAUCGACAGAUCCUUGUCUAACACAUCCACUUCUUCUAUCAAUUCCGAUAUAUCCACAACGUCCAAUGAAACUAGAAGCUCGAAUACGACACUCAACUCUGUGGCGUCAGAUAACACAACCACCACGUCCACCUCCACCACUUCCACAACUAUUGUUACUCCCAUCAAGUCCAAGGCAGAGCUGGAUGCCUACAUUGAACAUCUAGACACACUAUGGUCUCAGGAGGACGAGUGGAUUAUGAUCUUUGAUAAUCUCAUUAAGAACACAGAGGCCUCAACCAGGAGCCGCAGACACACGCACCACCACAGUCACUAUCACAACAGUGGCACCACCAGUCACCACUCGUCACCUUACAGCUCACCUUACAAGAGAGGCAAAGGAGAUGAUGAGGUGGACAGAUCAAGCGUGAAGUCUGGGGGCAGCAAGUCACGAGCCAGCAGUGCCCCACCUGUUAGAAGAUCCGUCCUAGGUGCUGCUCUACCACCUAAGAGUGCUGGAGCAGGAGAGGGUGGUGGUGGUGGGGGUCCACGAACAACAGUCAAGCGAGUACCGUCAAUCAGUCGAGGGAGAAUUGGCUCUUCAUCUUCUAAUGCAGCUGCUGCUGGAGCUGUUGAUGAAGCGGCUUUCUUCGCCUUGUUUGAAGACGUCCCAAAAGUUACUAUAUAUUCAACUCGGGAACUAGAAGAUACUCUGACUAAAAUUCGAGAGGUCAUCUCUAGCCCCAACAAUGAUUGGGACAAGAGAGUAGAUGCUCUGAAGAAAUUGCGAAGUAUGUUGAUUGCUGGUGCCUCUAGCUAUGAAGAAUUUUAUCCUCACCUUCGCCUUCUAGAACCUGCCAUGCAGUUGUCCAUCAAAGAUCUCAGGUCUCAAGUGGUGCGUGAGGCAUGUGUCACUGUGGCAUACAUGUCCCAGGAGUUGCAUCAUAAAGUUGAUCAUUUGUGUGAAACUCUUCUUCCAAGCCUUAUUAAUUUAAUACCUAAUAGUGCUAAGAUAAUGGCCUCGUCUGGUAUUGUAACAAUUCGUUUUAUCAUACAAAACACACACCACCAUAAAUUAAUCCCCAUUCUCUUACGGGAGCUGACCAGCAAAAACAGAGAGAUUCGAAAAGUGUUGUGUGAAGUCUUAGAUCAGCUUGUACAUACAUGGCCCACACAUUCUAUGGAGAAGCAUGUUGCUAUUCUUGCAGAAAACAUAAAAAGAGGAAUUACAGAUGCAGACCCAGAAGCUCGAGCAUUCUCCAGAAAAGCAUAUUGGGGCUUUGCAGACCAUUUCAAGGAUGAGGCAGACAAAUUGUUAAACUCUUUAGAUCCAAGCUACAAGAAAAUGCUUCAGGGUGAGAUAAGCAUGUCCAACUCCUCCUCUUCACAGUCACUGCACAACUCUCACAACAAGUCAGCUGGGACAGCAGCUGGGACACGUCCAGGAUGGUCACGAUCUUCUUCAACAACUGGAAGCACAGAGAACCUUGCAGCACUGACGGCAAGACAGUCCCACAGUAGCACUCGACGAUCUGCUAUCCCUACCCCUGCCUCUCAUCGCUCACAAGAUUCCCCAGAUUCCCCUGCCCCUUCCCUUACUCCAACGAACAACAUCCGAUCCAACAGUGCCAUUGAUCUGCAGGCUGCCAGGCGUGCACAGGCUCGUUCACAAUAUGCCCAGUCCCAGAGACUCAAGGUGGGCUCUGGAGCAUCACUACGAACUGAAGGAGAGGAUAAAGCACGUCCAAGGAAAACAUCUGAACAUCCGCCCAUCAGUUCCAUCACCUCUCCUGACCGUAUGGGCAGGUCCAGAAGCCGAGGUGGUGUAUCUCAAUCACAACCUGGCAGCCGAAGUGGAUCCCCUUCAUCACGACUUAGUUAUGCCACAUACUCAUCACCGGGAGACACUGGUACUUUAGGGCGUACUCGUCGCAGAAGUGGUAUUCCACGCUCUACAGGUACAUCACGAGAACCAUCACCUAACCGUUACACUGGAUUAAGUGGCAUAUCACCCUCCAAGUCACGCUCAAGAUCUAUCUCUGGUGCAUCUGAAAUGCCUCCCCAGGUACCAGGGAAAUCAAGACAAGUGAUGGCUCAGAAGAUUUUACAGCAGAGUCGUGAAGCAGAGAGUGCGUUAGCAGAUGCUCUAGUUAGUCUGCCACCGGGAGGAGUCCUUGUGAGUACCAGUCCAGGGUACAAGUGUCUACAUCGAUCUCCCAACAGAAAGAUGUAUACAAAAGCUUUUGAAGACCAGUCUGACAAUGACAGUGAAACAUCCAGUGUUUGCUCUGAGCGCUCGUUUGAUUCCUGUAGGAGAAAUGAUCUAAUCUGGUAUGGAUCACAACAACGUAUACUCAAGGAAGUUUGGGAGCCAACAGCAAAGAUGCAGGAUGUUAGUGACAUCAUUCUUAACUGUGCAUCAACUCACUGGGGGGACCGAAAGGAAGGCCUGAUGGCUCUUCAAGCAUUUUUGCGUGGUUCACACAUGCUUACUGGAUCAGAGCUGAAGAGGGUCACUGAAAUCUUCACAAAAAUGUUUAUGGAUGCACAUACCAAAGUCUUUACUUUAUUUCUUGACACACUGAUGGAGUUAAUCAUGGUACACAAAGCAGACCUUGGAGACUGGCUCUAUGUUCUGUUGACACGUUUGCUUAAUAAAUUGGGCUCUGAUCUUCUAGGAUCAGUACAGACCAAAAUUCACAGAACUUUAGACUUAGUAAGAGACUCAUUCCCAUGUGACCAGCAGUUCAUUGUUAUCAUGAGAUUUCUUGUUGAUCAAACACAGACACCUAAUUCUAAAGUGAAGGUGGCAACCCUCACAUAUCUCAAGUGUUUAGUUGAUGUAAUGGAACGAGGAGACUUUACUGCAUCACAUGAUACUCCUAUGGCCUUAGCUAAAAUCUUAACUUGGACUGCUGACCAAAAAUUCCUUGAUAUUCGACGUGCAGCUUCAGCUGUUGUCAUCGCUAUGUUUAACUGCAAUAUCACAGAAUUUACUGCACUUCUGCAACAGCUUCCUCCAGCCUGCCAGAGCACUGCAUCACAAAUCAUACAAACUCAUUUAAAAAGAGCCUCCAGCCUUGAUGCUUCACCCUCAUCCUUACCUCCUCGUACCCCACCUAGUGCAGGUGGAACUCCUGUUCUUCAGAGCCCUAAUACUUCUCUCCCACGAUCACAUCGACCUUCACGAUAUAAUACUAUAGAUUUCGACGACACAGAAAAUCUUAAUCCUGAAGAAGUGUACAGAAGUCUAAAGCGCACAACAGCAGAGAUUCAGAACUAUAGUUUUGACUUAGAGAGUCUAGAGAAACACAGGGACUCUACAUCACAGGAUUCUGGAAUAAGCCAAUUGUCAGCUGGUGGUGGUGAUAUUCGGAAUAUUGAGGCAGUAGAUGAUAAACAUUGUGAGGAUACUAAUGGUAUUCUUUCGGGAAGAUCCUCGAGUGUAUCUUCUCCGACACAUCGUCAGCUCUCCAUGAUGUCUGAUUCCUCAAGGAAUGGCUUGGACACCCUCACAGAUGAUGAUUUGGGUAGAGGAGAUGGACAAGAAAGUGAUGCUGAGGUAAUGUCAGGAGUAGUAGCAGAGCUUGGCAAUGCUGAAGAAGGUCGCUCUGCAGAGAAGCGUAGUGCUUUGACUAACCUUAUAAGGUUGGCACGCACUGGGUCUACUCUUGUAUGGAAUGAAAAUUUUCGUGCUGUGUUACGAUUGCUAUUAGAGUGUCUUACUUGUGAUGAUGGUGGUCAGCGAGCCCUGGUGCUAGCAGUACUCACUGAAAUGAUGAGAAGAAGUCCACUAGUUCACCACUUUCUUAGUUUUUCUGAGCUCAUCAUUCUCAGAGUACUUAAUGCACAUGCUGAUAAAGAAAAGGAAGUGCUCCGUGCAGCUUCGGUAUGUGCAGGUACUGUAGCAGAGAUACUUCCUCCUGAAGUGGUGAUUCGUGUCUUAAAGCCUUUGAUUCAGAUGGGCGAGUAUCCAGUCAACCAAGCGGCCAUCAAAAUGCUCAAUAAGCUGGUUGAGGCUCACCAACCAUCUAUUGUGGCUGCAGCUAUGCCAGAAAUAAUGCCUGGAUUGAUUAAGGCAUAUGACAACAAAGAAUCUUGUGUACGCAAGGCAUCUGUGUUUUGCAUGGUGGCUCUACAUAAUGCAGUUGGGGAGGAAGCCAUGCGACCGCACCUUGAAACUCUGACUGGUUCUAAGUUAAAACUUCUUAAUUUAUAUAUCAAGCGUGCAGAGACACAAAAUUCUGGAGCAUCUUCUCCAAAGUCUGAGCCUCCUAUGUAAUAUAUUAUAAAAAAAAAGAGGAGGUUGUGAUUUAGUGAGAUGGAUGUGCAUAAGUUCGGUCUUACAGAACAGCUGAAUGAUCCAAGUAUCACAAGACUGUCAGUCACAGAUAUACUGAGAGAGGGAGAGCAAAGGGCAAAGGGAAAGGAAAAGUCUGUGAGCUAAAUUUACAGUCAAUUGAUUUUCACGAGUGUAGAGAAUCAAAUAUGCCAAACAGUGAGCACUCAUAAAUACAGCAUAGGUGUACACAAUUUUAUAUUACAAUGAAAAUAAUGUGAUGUUCAUGACAAGUAUGGCACAAAAUUUGAAGUAAAAUUAUGAAUUUUUGUGACUACCAUGUUUGAAAGGGAUAAAACUCCCUUCUUUGGCAAGAGUGACUCUUCAACACUGCAGUGCCAGGUGGUUCUACCAUAGUUUUAUGAUUAGUUUUUACUGACCUAUUUGCUUACUUGGCAAUCUUUGUGUGAUAGAUUACUUUGUGAAUACUGAUAACAUAGAUAUGGCUUUUCCUGGCAAAGUGAAAUAUUAUAAACCAGUUUUAGAAUGUUAAGGAGCAGCCUUCGAGCAAUUUUGAUGCAUAUGUGCCAUUAGGGGUGCAGCUCAUGUUAACUAAAGGAGAUUACACUAUUACUUGCUGCCUAUCUUAAUUUUCUCCUGUAUGGUGACUCUACUGUAAGAACCAGAAGAUGGAGGAUAUUCAAUGCCAAUAUGGAUAUGAUUAUUAACAAUAGUGUAACUCAAUAUUAGGGGCUGGGAGCUAGUCAAUUGUGCUUGAAAGUGACAUCAUGAUAGUCUUGUAUGACUUUAAUUAUUUGUAACCCCUUUAGCUGACAUAUGAUACUAAUGCAAUUGGUUUUUACUGGUCUCUGUGACAAUACAGAUGUUCUAAAUCUUGUUGAAUGGUUGACCUGGGUCUGAACAAAGCUGGCUGCAAUGCAUGACCUAAACAAUUUUUUGUUGCAAUAGUUGAGUGAGCAAUUGUCUGGGGCUAGUAUAGAUACAUGUCUGGGGCCCACCAUUCCAGUUUCCUGUGUGCCUGUUGUGGCUUGAUGUGAAUGAUGGCUUGCCUUGGGCUAAGCUUAUGCUGGAAUGUAUGAUAUUGGUAUGUUUGUAAUAUAUUUCAUGUACAUAAAUUUUUUUUGGUCAAGGAUUCUAAAUCUUAAUAAUAAUGGUAAUUAUUUUUUUAAAAUACAGUAUAUCAGAUACGUUACUUAACACUCACCAUCUCCAUUGAUUAAAUGUUUUUUCAGAAUGAUUGUGCUAACAAACCUUGUUAGGGAUCAUCAAGUUUUGAUGUAAGUUUGUAAGCAAUUCACAUUUACCCAUAAUUACAUGUUCAGCAAUUUUGAGCUGCAGGAUGUUUGUUCCUCAAAAGCACAAAUUCAUUCGCACUAGGGAAUUUGAGCUUAACCCAGCACUACAUAGUUAAUUUGUUAUAAAUGCAAAACCAACAUGUGAUAAGGCAUAAAACACACUAAACUUGAAUUUGAAAACUCACAUGACAGAUCAGUUUGUAUAGUUCUGGUUACUCACAUAUGAUGAAAUAUAAAAAAUCUUAACUGUGUUACUGAUGCUUUAUUAUGCUGUAGAGCUUUUAACAGAUCAAAGAUUGAAUUUACACCCAUCUUUAUAUCUACUUAAAACAUAUGUAUUUGGUAUCAUUAACUUAAACAUUUUCUACAGUAUUUCAUUUAUGUUUACCUAAAUUAUUAUUAUUAUUAUUAUUAUUAUUAUUAUUAUAUGAUCAUAUUGUAUUCACAAAAUGCUAAACCCAUGUGGGCCAUUCAGUGCUGCUAUUCUAAAAUGCUAUGAAAACAUGUUCUACUAAAAAACCUAGUGUUUUAGCUACAGAAUGUUUUGUAAAUUAAAAUUUGUUAAAUGACAGUUGGAACAGCUUGCUAUUGCUGAAAAGUUUUGGGGCAGCCGAACUGUUUCCUCCACCAUAUACCAAAAACUUCUAUUUCAACAGUAAAAGCAACUUUAGUUUUGAUGUAUUAAGUUUUGAGAUUUUUUCAGCUUUAAAUUUUUUAAUCAUUGGUACUUGAAGAUAGAACUUUGGAAUGUAUAAUGGAUUGUGAUGUGUGAUCUAUGAUCUGUGGUUGGAGUGCUACUCUUCUUACAUUGUGAAUUACUUUUGUGUUAUUUAUUAAAAGUAUAAGCUUUAAUCGAGGCCUCACAUCUGUGGCUCAUAACUGCUGGUUUUGUCCUAUUUUCCAUUCAUGUUAAGGCUGUAUAUAAUGAUUUAUGUGCCAAUGAGUUCUCUUUUUUCUAUAAUUGUGAUACCUCUUUUUGUUGGAGUGUGAUGUAUGGAAGGUGGUCAAAACAGCACUAAAUAAUCCCAAAGUCAUAAACUUGUCUUUCAUUGGUUGCAUAAAAGGUAGUUUGUGUAAUUAACACAUGAUUUGUGGGGAAAACUGUGACCAUGGUAAUUAUAGUUGCAUUAUUUUGGAAAAAGCUUCAUAACCAAUCUUGGCAUACUAAUAUUACAAUAUAAUAUACUGUCAGAUUUAUUGCAACCAGUAGUUCAUACCAACCUCUAAUAAAAAUAUACAGAAGGCUUAUUAAUAUUAGUAGACAACUUACUGAAAGGUAUGACUGUUAAAGAGGCAUUCAAAUUUUGGGAUGGUUAUCAUUGAUGAUAUUAAAACUUACCUUAUAUGCAGUUUCUCUUAAUUGAAUCCUACAUUUAUGUGACUUGCCAGUCUCAACAAAAUUCUUGUGUUGAUUUAAAAAUUCAGCUUUCUUUAGAUUUAUUUGCAGUUCUUAUUUAGAAUGUCAUGUUAAGGUGCAUAGUUUUAAUCAUGUGUAGAAAAUGAGCCUUUUUGAAGAACCCAUGAGAAAAACAGACAUCACUUUGAUUUUAAAUAUGUUGCAGGAAAUGUGAGCUUAAUGAAAAUACAGUAAUAGGCAAGUGUGAUAUGGAUGGUGUCAUGCUAAGUUGUGUAGGUGUGAGGGAUGCUGGCUGCCCCAGGUGACUCCUUUGCACAUUCAUUAUCCUAAUAAAUCUCAUUAUAGU